UAGAAUUCGAAUGGACAGACGGCUUGUUCGCGCUAGCUUUGAGCCCAACCGACAAGUAUACCCAAGACCGAAUACUCUACUUCCAUCCUAUGUCAAGCUUUAGGGAGUUCCGGGUACCAACAUCAGUGGUUUGUAAUGAAACCGGCUGGGCCAUGACUAAACAUGCUUUUGAGGUUAUGGGCCAAAGCAGAGGCAAGAAUGGGCACGUUUCCGCACAUUGGAUGGAUAAAAAGGGAUCUUAUUCUACAAUAUGGUGACCAGAGACAGCAUUGGUUGUUGGGAUUCGGGCAAACCCUACAAAAGAAACAACCUCGGCGUAGUAGCUCAAAGUAGCGAGACGCUGGUGUUUCCCAACGAUAUCAAAAUCGAUCAAGAAGAACGACAAAGUGUCUGGGUAUUGUCCAACAAACUACCAUUCUAUUUAUACGAAACACUGGAUAAGAAUAAAGUAAACUUCAGGAUUAUGUCUGCUUACACAGACGAGGCCAUUGAGGGUACUAUUUGUGACCCAAAGAGCAGUUCUUUCGAUACUUACGUUGAGUAUGGUGGGGAAGAGGACUGUUAUUAACUAAUUUACAAAAUAAUGAAUUUGCCAAUGAAUACAAUGGGACCCAUUCGCUUUAUUGUCUUUGCGACCUAACAAAAAAAGAUUAAUCAAGCAUUCCAUGACAGAAAGAAACAUUCAAGUAAAUGAAUCAAAAAGUGUCGGCAAAUAUUUUUCAUCUACUUUGAAGCAUUUGUUUUUAGUGACACUUCCGAGUUUUAAGGUUUUCCUAGUUAUCAUAAGGGCACUAGAAAAGAAAAUCCUUAGGUUGGCGGAAAUUGAAGUAAUGCCGUAGUUACAAUCGAAAUGUGAAAGGGAUGUAUAGUUUGUUCAAAACUUCGACACUAUACUCAUUUGAAUACUAAAUGAGCUGCUUAAUCCCUUAUAAAUCAUUCCCAACAAAGUUCUGCGUUAAAUGGGUGAUGUCAAAAAGUACGUGUCCAGGAUCACACUUCAUCUCCAUGCGCUGUUAUGGAUCUGGCGUUUUCAAAUCGUGCAUUACUGCUUCGUCCAUAAUAACAGAAUGCUGAGAACAAUACUAUGGUGGGAUAUGUAGCAAACAACUGAGUGGUCGCAGAAUUCCUGAAGAGUCUCACACUUCGUUGCAAAACACCAACAGAGCAAUACUGUCAAGCUUCUGUGCCCGAAAGUGGCUAUGAAGGCUUUGUGUGAUUGAUAUCAAUCAAACAACUAUUCUUAGCGGCAGCUAAGCAGCGUUUUGCUUCUUGGUUGUUAGCGAAUUUGUAAAUGAAACGUCUUUACCGAUCCACUUUUUUUCUAGCCUAAGCCUGUGCAUGCCUCGGCACGCUUCACUUGGAGGUAUUCGCACUCGGCACACUUGAUCGCUAUGAGAAAGGAAUGUGGGGGAUUUUAAGAUACAUGAAAAAUUCAACUGAGUAUCGUAAUAAGUCCUUAACGAACCAUAUGCCUUCUCACGCUCUAGUGAUCCUAGUUAAUUUGGUAAUCAUUUCUUUUCAUCCAACAUUUUAACGCAACAAUAAAUUAAUUUUAGUCUUUCGCUUUUUCACAUCAUCAACAAGAAGUACUUGGAAAUUUAUCUGAUCUUAAGAAAGCCUCGAAGGUCAUGGUCAGGUACAUACGCAAGGAUAUACUUGAAUUUAAAAUUGUCCGCAAUUUCUAUUUCAGAAAUUCAAAACAGAUGUUUAGCGUUAAAAAUGAUUUUAUCUUCAAAUGACAUUUAGUCAUAGUUAACAUAAAGUUUUUUACUUUUCUAUUUCCAAUGUCAAAUGCCAAAAAUAGGUUUUUCCAUUUAAGAAAACUGUCUUGCCCUUCAAAUGAGCUUGAAGGUUAUAGUCAAGGUCAUAUUCAAGAUCACCAUUACAGUGGACCCCCGAUAAUCCGGCCCCUGUCUAACCCGGCGCCCCCUGUAAUCCGACAUGUCUUUGAAUAUGUAUUACAUACAUACGUAUUUGACAAUCUUCGCUAAUGUAGAUCACGCAGGUUUGAACAGGUUACAACUUGUACGCGCCACCGCUGUCGUGCUCGACGCGUAAGCAUUGUUCUACUUAGUUUGAAUUUGACUACUGGUGAUAGCGGUCCGGCCUAGCGUGCGUUCAUUGUUUACUAUUUAUUCAUUGUGUAUUAAGUAUAGUACCUAGUAAGUCAUCACAAACUCAGAAGCGAAAGCACAAAACAUUGACAAUUAAAGACAAAAGUGAUAUUUUUGACCGCUUAAAUCGCAAUGAAACCUUCAGUAGUUUAGCAAGUGAAUACGGCGUAGGCCGAUCUACAAUUUAUGACAUUAAAAGAAACCACGAGAAGAUCAAGAAGUUCGUGUCAACUACUGACUGCGGGCCAGGCAAGAGACAGACACUCAAGAAAGCUGAACAUCCAGAAGUGGAAGAAGCUUUGUAUAUGUGGUUUCUUCAGGAAAGAAAUAGGCAUGCACUAAUUUCAAGACCCAUGUUGGCCACGAAAGCUAAGUUUUUUUAUAAGGAAAUAACAAAAAAAGAUGAUUUUGUGGCCAGCAAAGGAUGGCUAGAACGUUUUAAAAGUCGUCAUGGCAUACGUUUAAGUACUAUAACAGGAAAUUAAGAUUUUUGCAAAAGGUGAACGAAUUAAAUCUUGACCCGUCACAAGUGUACAAUGCAGACGAAUCAGGGCUUUUUUGGUGUGUGUUGCCUAACAAUACUUUCGUUUCUUGUAACGAAAAAUCCGUACCUGGACGAAAAGUAAGUAAAGAGCGUGUAACCAUACUACCAUGUGCUAGAUGAUGGUCAUUGGGAAAUCUAAUAAACCACGGGCAUUCUAAAACGUUGAUUUACCUGUACACUAUUACGGACAAAAAAGUGCAUGGAUGACAAAAGACCUUUUCAAAAAGUGGUUUGAUGAAUGCUUCGUACCUGAAGUUACAAAAUGGUUAAAAGAUUAUAAUUUUCCUCAAAAAGCGUUGUUGCUUCUUGAUCACGCUCCCGGUCAUCCGUCUGAAGAAGAACUAACAACUGAGGAUAAAUGCAUCACUGUGAUGUUUCUUCCGCCAAAUUGCACUGCACUGAUUCAACCAAUGGACCAGAAUAAUUCUUGAUUAUUUUGGUACAUAUGUAUGUGCAUUUAUGCUUAAUUUUAUAAUAAAACGUAAGCUCUCUAUUGUUAUUUAAUUUACUAAAUUCGACAUACAUAAACUAUGUAUGAUUUGUACUUCAAAAUAAAUACAUACAUAUACAUAACAUAUAUAAUCUUACCAUUUGAUAUGUAAUUUGUCGGAUUACAAGGUACUCUUUUGUGAAAAAUUCCGGACUAUAGGGGGUCUUAGGCAGUGCUCUAUAAUCCGACAAAUUCGAUAGUCCGACACUGCCCUGUAUAAUGUUUGUCGGAUUACCGGAGGUCCACUGUAGUUAAAUAAACCUUUCAUCUUGAUUAGACAACAUUUUUUCCUUAGGAAUCGUCUGUUUCGAGGUAUUCUGUUCCUUUUCCGACUUAGGGGUUUCAUUUAGGCAAACUGCUAUGACCUUCAGAUAAGCUUGAAGGUUAUAAUCAAGGUCACCAUUAGAUAAAUCUUCACAAAUUCAUUAAACAAAAGUUUUCCUUAUGAAUCGUAUUUCAGUCCUUUCCCUACUUAGGGGCUUCAUUCAGCAAAACUGGCUUGACCUUCUAAUGAGGUUUGAGGUCGCAGUCUCAUGAAAAAAUGGCGGAAAAAUGGAAGUGGCCGGUUAUUGGGAUGCUAUGAAAAACCGUUCAUUCCAAUAAUCGGACACAAUAUCACUGGCCAUAGUCCACAUUAUCUGUUAUCUUUCGCUGACCGUCCACUGGCCGGCGGUUCGUAUUUUGGUUUGUUUAAUUCCCAGACAGAAGUUUGAUAGUCUCUAUAUUUAGAGAAAAAAAGAUUUAUAACGACCACACAUUUUGACUAGUAUGAUGAUCCAGUUAGCAGCCACUCCAAUUUGACCUCAAAAAAUUAAAAGAACAUAUUAUUAAGAUUAGAUUAUUUUGUAAAUGUUGAAUGUCUUCUGCAUAUGUAACAAGAACAGUAUUAUGACAAAUGACAAAAAUUGAGUCAUCGAUGGCAUGCUGUGUUUGACGUUCUAAUUCAGUUGUCAAUAUGACAACUGUAGAUGUAAAAUGUCACAAAUUAGUUGAUAAAUCCGGUACCAAUUUUCAGCAAGUGUAGGAUUUCAAAUAUUCAAGUUUUUAUCAAUAAUAUAACAUUGUUGUUGUAUAAUAUUUUGUGUAUAUAAAUGUUUGUAAAUAUAUUAAAUAUAAAUUAAGAUACUCUAUUAAGGAUU